AUGGGUUUUCGAGGCAUUGGCUUUCUGCUCCAGUGUUACCUGAUGGUUGCAGCAGCCAUGUAUUUUGAUCUUGGAGAGCAGGAGGAAAAAUGCAUCAUUGAGGAGAUUCCUGAAGACAUGCUGGUGACCGGCCAUUUCUUGUUGGAGCCUUGGGAUUUGAAGACGUUCACCCACUCCCCUCACUUUGGUGUCACUGUGACAGUCAGAGACCCAAACCAUGAGGUUCUGAUGACCAAACGCUAUGGUAAAUUUGGUAAAUUCACCUUCACAGCUCACGCCUCUGGUCAGCACUACCUUUGCUUCCAAACCAACUCCACAAGGUUUUCUGUCUUUGCUGGAGAAAGGCUGAAGCUACAUUUGGAUGUUCAGAUGGGAGAGCACACUAUUGACCCCUAUACUGACAAGACUAAAGACAACAUGGAGAGACUGGAGAAAAGCCUCAGACACCUCACUGAUAACAUGAUGUACAUCACCAUGCAGCAGGAGUACCAGAGGGAGAAAGAGGACACGUUUCGUCAGAUCAGCGAGACCACCAACAGUAAAGUGUUGUGGUGGGCCAUGGUGCAGACCGCUAUUCUGCUGUCAGUUGGUUUUUGGCAGAUGAAACGACUCAAAGACUUCUUCAUUGCCAAGAAGCUGGUCUGA